AUGUUUGAUACAACAGCUAAAGAUGACAAAGAAAUUAAAAAACGAAUAUCACAAGCUAGAAGAACAAUUGGCUAUCUGAAUGGAGUAUUUUGGAGUAAUAAAAUAGGGAAGAAACGGAAGAUCAAUAUAUACGAGACCCUGGUAAAGAGCAGUCUACUUUAUGGUGCAGAGACUUGGCGAAUAACGGAAGCCAACCGAAAAAAACUGGAAGCGGUAGAAAUGGAUGCCUAUAGAAGAACCUUAGGAAUUUCCCGAAGAGAUAGAGUCCGAAACGAAGAAAUCCAACAGAGGAUAGGAAUAGAGGGAUCUUUGGCAACCGACAUCGAACGCCAACAACUUAUGUGGUACGGACAUGUCCAAAGGAUGGAUGACACACGACUUCCAAAACAAAUUAUGCAAUGGAUACCCCAACAUCGAAGAAAACGUGGAAGACCUAAGAAGACUUGGAAGGAGGGUGUCAAAAGAGCAAUGAGUGCCAGAAAUCUAAGCGAGGGACAAUGGAACGAUCGGAAGACGUGGAAGCUAGGCAUCGGACAACGUCGCAAGACGACUUCACAAGUACUGUAUACGAAUUUAAUCUAUCAAUAA